AUGUCAGAAAUCGUUGCAGCAAACGCAUCCUUAACGGAAAUGUCCCAGAAGAGGUUUAUACAGGCAGAUAUCAAUCUGAAAAGCAGACCAGCCAUUUCCGUGGGUUACUGCCACGAUAAAAAGGCCUACCGUCUCUACGACCCAACAAAAGGUGAAUUUUUCGCAAGCAGAGACUUCAAGUUCAUCGAAGAGCAACGCGGGUCAACCCUCCUGGAUGCAGGCUCGUACAUACCUGAACGGUUAGACGACCUUCGUUAUGACUCCCAGCGCCUCAGCGCAAUGACAGAGGAGCAAGGAACUGUUGCCGUCCCAAUCAUCGGAGAGACUGCCAGUGCAGAGCACGUAGACACAAGCCAAGAUCCCGCGGACAUCGAAGACAGCGUUGAUAGACAUGAUGACCAUACUUCAGAGGGAGAUCAGACUACUGACACCGACGAGGCUUCUCCAAGCCCCCCGUUACGACGAUCUGCCCGGUUAAGUAGACCACCUAAUCGUCUACAAGUUGACCCAAGAAAGGUCACUUACUGUGAAAUGCUGACGGAUGAGCAAACCGACCCACAAUCCUAUGACGAAGCCAUCCCUAGUAAAAAUUCCAGCUGGAAAUGCAGUGACAAUUCCAGCUGGAUUAUUGGACUGGUUCCAGCCUGGAAUAUGACUGGAUCUAGCCUGGAAACAGGCUGGUUCCGUCCUGGAAUUUGA